AUGUUCCAAGACGCCCAUUCCUACAUCUCUAGAUGCGACCCAUGCCAACGACAAGGGAAUAUCAGUAAACGGAAUGAGAUGCCUCAGAACUUCAUCUUGGAGGUUGAAGUAUUCGAUUGUUGGGGAAUCGACUUCAUGGGACCAUUCCCACCAUCCUUCAAGAAUGAGUACAUCUUGGUAGCAGUUGACUACGUUUCUAAAUGGGUGGAAGCGAUUGCCAGUCUCACAAACGACGCAAGGGUGGUAACUAAGAUGUUCAAAACCAUAAUCUAUCCAAGAUUUGGGGUACCACACAUGGUCAUCAGUGAUGGGGGUAGUCAUUUCAUCAACAAGAUCUUUGCAGGUCUAUUGAAGAAGAACGGGGUGCAACACAAGUUGGAGUAUAAGGCAGCUUGGGCUGUGAAACUACUCAACUUCGACAUCAAACCAGCAGCAGAGAGACGAUCCAUGCAGAUUCACGAAUUGGAGGAAAUUAGGCAACUCGCCUAUGAAAGCUCUAAGAUCUACAAGGAGCGAACAAAGGCUUACCAUGACAAGAGGAUCAUCAACCGCAACUUUCAACCUAAGGAUCAGGUGAACCUGUUCAACUCAAGGUUACGAUUGUUCCCUGGAAAGCUGAGAUCUAGGUGGUCCAGACCAUUCACCAUUAAAGAAGUAUGCCCCCACGGAGCUGUUGUGUUGCUGAACACGAAAGGGGAAGAAUUUGUUGUCAAUGGCCAACGCAUAAAGUCGUAUCUAGCUGAGACAACAGUCGAAGAGGGUGAAGAAAUUCCCCUAAGCGACCCGCCCUUAGCCUGA